GAACCCCCGAGGCGCUUCUCUUCUCCUGAGGACUCACCUUUGGGUUUCUCUGGAGGGAGGCCUUUCCGCUUGCCGGGAAUUCAGUUUGGUGUGGCCCGGACUGGAACAACGCGGUUUGCACACAAUAAACCGAAUUACUGCCUGAGGUUUUCCUGGCUGUAAAGCUGAGAAGCUCCAGGCCCCAGUGUGCUCUCUGCCCUGUGACCCUCCGCUGACGCCUCUCAUUUUACAAAGGAGGCAGUCUGGCCCCACCUGCUUCUUUGGCUCAUCUUCAAUACUCUGUACACGCCCAGCUUGGACAGUGGCCCGAGGGGCAGGGGCGGGUGCCCAGCCCCCCGGGGAGGAACGGCAGCCAGAGCUGAGAAGACUGCACACGUAGGCUGGUCACGGUGUCUCUGGGCCAUGGGGCCGGGAUAGCGGGCCCCUUUCAUUGCAGCAAGGAGAAUGUGUGCGGCCAUCACCUGGCCUGACCCACAAGCCAUGCGGUUCCCUGGGACAGGCACUAAGGAGAACGUGCUGUAGAGGGACCCGUGAAGCAGGCCCCUGCAGACACGUCUACGCUGGUGGAUGGUUUCUCACUGUCCUGAGUCUUAAAGAUGUACGAACCUUUUGACUUAAUUAAGUUAAUUAACUCAACAGUAAUCGAUGCUAAAGAUAUAAAGCUACAUAUGAGAAAUGCCCUGUGCCUGCAGGUGUUCACCGUACUGUCAUCUGAAAUGCAACUGAAGCAGCAGAGGGACAAGCUGAAGCAGUACCAGAAGAGGGUCACCCAGCAGCUGGAGCGGGAGCGCGAGAUCGCCAGGCAGCUCCUGCGGGACGGGAAGAAGGAACGGGCCAAGCUGCUGCUCAAGAAGAAGCGGUACCGGGAGCAGCUUCUGGACAAGACAGAAAACCAAAUCACCAGCCUGGAAACGAUGGUCCAGAGUAUUGAGUUCACCCAGAUUGAAAUGAAGGUGGUCGAAGGGCUGCAGAUUGGAAAUGAGUGUCUGAAAAAGAUGCAUCAGGUGAUGUCCAUAGAAGAAGUGGAGCGGAUACUGGAGGAGACCCAGGAGGCCGUGGAGUACCAGCGGCAAAUAGAUGACCUAUUGGCAGGAAGCUUCACUCAGGAAGAUGAAGAUGCCAUCCUGGAGGAGCUGAAUGCAAUCACUCAGGAGCAGAUAGAGCUCCCAGAGGUCCCUUCAGAGCCGCUUCCCGAAAGGAAACCAGAGCAAGUCCCCCGCGAGGCCAGGCCCAAGCAGGUGGAACUGGUGGCAGCCUCGUAACUUGGCCUCCUCUUCCAGGACUGGCGGGGACUCCCCAGAGACUGGGGCCCACAGAGUUUGGGUGCGUGGCCAGCCCGGCCCGGCUCCCAGGAGGCCGGCGCCAGGCCAGGCCGGUCAGGUGCUGACGGAGCAGCGUGGCGCACCCAGGGCUCCAUCCCAGGGUGACUGCGGAUGGGCGCUUCCCUGGUGCUGCUGUCUUGCUCUCAUUUCUGGAUUAAAUGGCAACGUUCAGACCCUCCGGCCACACACGGCCUCUGACGCUGUGGCUCCCACGCAGCCACAGGCAGACCCAGCGCUCCUGGUGCUGGCCACACUCCUGUCCCCGGCCCCGCGAGGCUCCACGGCCGCCUUCUCCGCAGCUCGCUCUCUUCUUUCGAGGGCGUGUCGAACCCAGCUUCCUUGCCCGCCCUUUGCUCACUUCUUGCUGCUGCCGGCGGCCGGCGGCUUCCGUGAGGGAGUCCCUGCCAUGGCCUGGCUUCCUGACCUGCCCAGUCUCCUUGUCGCUUCAGGGCUGGAAACCAGUCCUCCUCUGUGUCGGUGUUUGGGGGCGUUGGGCCGGCGAGGAGGGGGACCACCCCUGCUGGCUUGGUGGCUGCGGAGCCCCGACCAGCCCUCAUCACCAGCGGGAGCUCGGCCCCACUGCAAAGGGACGUUCCUGGAGAGCCGGUGGUCUCCCAGGGCUUCCCGGAGGUGCUGACGGGCCCACUCGGGUGGGUGCAGCCCCUGUUGCCUGGGAAGCUGCACCCGGGGCUCUCCGACCGGGCGGACGCUGUGGGGGGUGAUCGCGGCUCUCUAUCUGACGGUUCAUCUUGGUAUUAGACAAUCCCGAUGAUAUCUCCCUCCCAACAAGAACAGAAAGGGGAUCCUCCCAGCCCCCCAACAGGUCAGCCCCAUAUUAAAGUUGAUGCCUGCAUGGUCUGCUGCCUCAUGGAGUAGGGUCCAUGGGAGCACCUGGGUGGGUUAAAGUGUGGCUCUUCUCCUCUCGGGUCCCUGAAAUACGGCCCCUUGACCCGCACAGGGCAUUCACUCGAGGGCGCCUGCCUCAGGAGCACCACGUGGGGGCUGGGGACGCAGGGGCAGGUGAAGGUCCUCAGUGCGCCGGGUGGGGCUCCAGCACUGACCGCACCCUGGGCUCUGGCCGUCCCCUCAGGGCAGCUUCGUGUAGCAAGGUGCAGGGUAGGGUCCUGGUCCUCCUCCAGUGGAACAGACACUGGUGGUCCCCUCAUUCACUGAGGCCGGCCUCAGACCCCUUGGGGUGAGGGAGGCUGGUCAGUUGGGUACCUCCUCCAGGAGGGGGGCUCGUUUGGAGUCCCAGUGCCCAGAUGGGAAGCCAGAUGCCCCAGGGAGUGAGCAGGCAACAGCAAGGAGAAGGAUGGGGGGUGUCCCACUUAUGGGGGCUUCCGUGCCCUUCAGUCGGAGGGCAUGAUGGGAUGCAGCCGAGUUGCCCCGGGGGGGUGGGGGUGAGACCCGAGCUGAAAACCUGGGUUUGGAGGUGUAAUGCCGGCCUCAGCCAGGAGAGGGCGCUCUGCCAGGUAAUUUGGGGAAACUGGCAUUGCCGGUGCCAGGCUGGCUGCUGGGCCCCACCCAUGUUUCCGGUAACACAGCCAGCCACCCCCAAGACUGCACAAUGGCCCUGAGGGCAGUUCUGAGAGACAAGGAGGCGCAGGCGGCCUUUCCAUCCAGCGACCCUGUCCCACUCUGCAGCUGCAGGUCCAAGAGCGUGGAGGGAAUGGACGGCCUGGUUGGGGGAGGUGCAGACCCCACUGGCAGGGUGGACCCAUCUCCUUUCCGUCUGCUCCCCAGGACCCCAGAGCUCAGGGUUGUCUGCAAGCCUGCCCUUUGCAGUCACAGGCUGGCCUCCCUGAGGGCUUCGUCACGGGAGCUGCAUGGUGGGAUGUCAGGGCUCCAACUGCCCCCCUGGUGAGCGCCUGGAGAACCCGCCUGGGUCUGCAUGGCCCACUCCCUGGCAUGGGGAACACCGCAAGCAGCCUGGGCGUCCUGACCCGGGCGAGGGGCACCCCCAUCUCCUGAAACAGCCCAAAAGUUGGGGAGGGAAUCUUGUCCUCUCACACUGUCCAAGAAGUUAGAUCUUACGUACCAAUUAAUCACCUUUUCUCUGUUUACACAUUUAUUCUGUUCACCUAGGGAGGUUAUGCCCUGAAACCCAGCAUGACCUUGAGCUGACUCCUAGGCUCUGGCCCUAGAGGUUGCCUGGCUUGCCAGCCCAUGUGGGGCGGGGGGGGGGGGGGGCCGGGGUGACCCCUCCUGCUAGGAUGAGCCUCACAUUGAUCCUGCCCAGCACUGAACCCUGGUCUUAAAAUACCAGUGAUGUGACCCUGACGCAACUUUGUUCUACAGGGCAUAGCCCUCAGGAACACUACAGACAAGUGAGAACUGAGUUCAAACCUCUGGUGGCAGAGCUGGUAUCCUGCCCAAGAUCAGUGGGGGCUAGGGAAACAGGUGGGAGAGGCCUACAGGGGGGCCAUGGGGCCAUCAGACUAGAGAGGACUACCUGGGGAGCUGGGACAGGAAGGAGGGGUGAGGACUGGGCUCGGGGACCAUUUUGGUGGGAUGCACAUUUGUCCCCAGUACAGGCAGCAUGAAAGUUUAAAAGCAGGGGGUGGGGAGGCGGGGGCACCCAGGAUGAGAUGGGGGCACCACCCAGGAUGAGGUGGGGCACCCAGUUAUGGAAUGGGGUCUCCCUGGCCCAUCUGUGUGCCCUGCCCUAGGGAGGCCUCCUCCCCACCUACAGCCACCCCUUAGGGUCUCCCUGAAACCCUGCCCUACCCAGGGAGAGAAUUGGGGGACAUCAGGCAGAGUGUGGGGCAUUGUCCUGACAACACGGGGGCUUCUGGAGGUGCCAGCUCCUCUCCGUGGUCACUCACUGGCCACAAACUCAGGAGGGAGGCCCUGCCGCCCUGUCCACAUCCAUGUGCACAAGAACAGUCGAAGCUCAGAGUGGCCACUGGAGGCCAGCAGAACCUGUGGUCUGAACCAGCCAGGCUGACAGGCUGCUGGGACAAAAAUCCUUGUUCUCCAGAGGAUCAUGACAGACCCAGAGUCGACACAACACAGCAGCCAAAAUGCCGGAUUAGAACAAAGAAUCAUGAAAACGUGACCAGCUUCCAAGGGAAAAGACAAUCAGUAGAUGCCAACUCAGAUCCAGGUGGCGGGAUUAUCGGAACUAUGUCACAGAAGGUAAAGUUAAACACACUGGAAACAGAUGGAAAGAUCUCAGUUGGGGAGUAGAGAGGAUACAAAAGAACGAGAUGUAAAUUUCAGAACUGAAAAAUAUACCAAAAAUACAAAAAAUUAACAAGCUCAACUGCAGAAAGGAGGUGUCCAAGGAAAGACUAUGAGCUGGACGAUCAGCCAACAGAAAUCAUCUGGUCUGGAGAAGAGACGGAAGUGUGGGGGCAAGUCCAUGCCUCGGGGCAAGUCCAUGCCUCAGGACCAGUGAGACAGGAUGCGAAGGUCCAAUGCUGUGUUACUAAAAUCCCAAGAGAGGAGAACAUGAUAGCAGGAAAAAAAAUUUUUUGGAGAAAGACUGGCCGAAAAGUUCUCACAUUUGAGGAAAGACUUCAACUUACAGACAAGAAUUGCAGUGACCCCCCAACAGGGCCAAUCCAAAGAAAGCCGUGCCUAGACAUAUCAUAAUUAAACUGCUAAAAAUUGAAGGCAAAGAAAAAAAAUCUGGAAGGCUCCAGGUGGAAAUGAAAGCUGUAGAGAGGAACAAUGAUCCAAACAAGCACUGGGAUCAGAAACCACAGGGGCCAGAAGAUG